AUGGCUCCGACCAUCGACUCGGCGCUGGGGACGGCGGACAUGGCCAACGAGCAGCGCGGCCUGCUCGAGCUCAUCGACAAGCUGCAGUUUGCCCAGCUUGACAAUGUCAAGCUCCCGCAGAUCGUCGUCGUCGGCGACCAGUCCGCCGGAAAGAGUUCAGUCCUUGAGGCUAUUACGGGAACGCCGUUCCCCCGCGACGCUGGCGCUUGCACACGAUUCGCGACCGAGAUCCGAUUGAGGAGGUCCGCCGAGGCGACUCUCAAUGUCUCCAUCAUCCCCGACAAGAACCGCAACUUUAGGGAACAGGAGCGAUUGAAGCAGUUUGGCGGCGCUGUCGACACCGACAUGUCAUUUGAAUCGCUCAUGAGAUCCGCCGUCGAGCUGAUUGCGCCGAAGAACAUUCCCGGUCGCUUCGCCGCCCGCGACAUCCUGGUUGUUGAGAAGCGCGGCCCGGAUAUGCCACUUCUCACCCUCGUCGAUUUGCCCGGUCUCGUUAAGAAUGCCAAUAACGACCAGUCCAUGGACGACAUCAAAACCAUCGAGACGCUUUGCGAUCGCUACAUGAAGUCGACGCGAACCAUCAUUCUUGCCGUCGUCGGCGGUAACACCGAUUAUGUACAGGCGCCUAUUCUCACCAAAGCUCGCCACUUCGACCCCUCCGGCAGCCGUACCAUCGGUGUUCUCACCAAGCCAGAUCUCUGCGAGUCUAUCGGCCUGGAGGAUAAGUUCAUCGAGCUCGUCCAGAACAGGGACAAACAGAACUUCUUCAAGCUCGGCUGGUAUGUCUUGCUCAACCCCGGUCCUCGUGACCAAGGCCAGCCGUGGCCGUCCGCCCGUGAACGCAGACAACGCGAAGAGGAAUUCUUCGGUCGUGGAAAAUGGCGCGCUCUCCCUGGCUCAAUGUGCGGUGCCACCGCAUUGAAGCAGAAGCUGUCCGUUCAACUUCAGCGUCAUAUCGGCCGCCACGUCAAGACUCUUCGCAAGCAGAUCCAAAGGGCUCUCGAUGACUGCGACACGGAGCUCAAGUCGAUGGGCACCGGCAAGGACACAGUCGAGGAGAUGCGCAUCGAGCUCGUCGAGCUCUUUUCAUCCUCCAAGGAACUCGUCAUCCCAGCCGUCUAUGGUUUCUACAAGAAUCCUCCCCGCAAGAACUUCUUCCGCGCGACCGCCGACCCCCGUGGCACGCCCGCCCAGAAUCUGCGCGCGCGCGCCAUCGAAGAGAACGAGAAGUUCUCCCACCGCAUCCGCCAGAACGGGCGCAAGUUCGGAUUCUCGUCAUCAACCGACCCGCGGUCUAUCGACGGCGUCACGAUCUCCGACAGCGGCAAGCGGGACUUCGUCACCAAGGAAGUCGAGAUGCUCCUGAGACAAAUCCGCGGUUCUGAGUUCCCCAUGGACCCCAAGCCCCGCGCGGUCUACAUGCUCUUCCAGAGCUAUUCCGAGAACUGGCCCAAGCUCGCACAAGAACACAAGGAUAACCUUGGUGUCGUGUGCAAUGAGUUCCUGAGCGAGGUCAUCGACUUUGCCUGGCCUCAGCGCAUGCGCGAGCCUCUCCGGUACCAAUUCCUCGACCCGCAGAUCAAGAAGCUCAUGGCGGACGCACAGGAGGAGCUCGAGCGUCUGACUCAGGAUAUGAACCUCGAGAUCCAGCCGUACGAUCCGGAAUACGAGGAGCGUCUGCGCAAGUGGCAGCAGGAGGUCACCAAGGAGGGUGGAACAUACACCGAGGCUCAGGAGGUGUGCGAGAAGAUGUUGAUCUUUUACGAACUCGCUGCGAAGACGUUUAUCCGUAACACCAUCACCCAGGUUGUGGAACGUCAUCUCUUGCAGGGCAUGUACGGAAUCUUCAACUCAGUGGAGAUCCUGGGUAUGCAGAAUGAGACUGUCGAGGCCAUCGCCGCGGAGAACAAGGAGACUAGAGACCGCAGAAUGACGCUCAAGGCACAGAAGGUAGCCAUCGAGGAGGCCAAGGAUAUUUGUGCCAACCUCGCCAUGAGGAAAGAGCUGAGAAUGUACGCCGACGAGGAUCGCGACCUAGAAGAGAACACCUCAGACGAAGAUGAAGAAAAGACCCGCGAAGCGCCGCGCGAGACAACACGCAAGCCGGUAUCCAACAACACCUCCACCCCAGCACCAGCAGCAACACCAAGCGCACCAUCGCACCGCCCAACCCGCUCCCGCGACGAGCGCGAGCGCGAGCGUGAGCGUGAAAGGCCAACCGCCACACCCCAGCCGGAACCCGCCACAAACGGCAACUACAACUACGCCAACCACCAGACGUCCCGCCAGGAGGCCACCCGCGCCAACACCUCCAACUCCGAGUGGGACGAGGAUUACUACCGCGCGCCGGCUCAGGCUCAGACUCAGGCGGCCCCUUCACAGGCACCUCCCCCGCCUCCCCGUCCUCAGAAGCUGAGGGCUGAGGAGCCGCUGACGCCUGACGCGUCGUCGUAUGUGCACAGGUCGAAUAGCUCUGUGAGUGAGCAGCAGCAGCAGGGCGGGUACGGGGCGUAUGGUCACGAGCAGGAGUAUGCCCCUUCGUCUACGAGGAGGGUGACGGCGAAGAAGUUGUUUGGGAGGGGGUAG